GCGGCGAUCAUCCUCGUGCAUGAAAGUUCUCUUGGUGAGUGUUCUGUGUUCUUUCCAUUUCUGUCUCGCCUUUCACUUUUCCUUAACCUGCCCACACACUGGAAUGUGUAUUCUGCCCUUGCUGCUCUCCGCAUAGUCUUCUUUUACAUCCAGUCAAAUUGUUCGCCUCUCUUCAAAUUGUGCAGUGCAUGGCAUGUGAAGAAAGAGGUUGCCGUGGCCGCACUCCGUCUUCAUAUGCUGUGCGCUCACUCAAAAAUCUAAAGCAUUCCGUUUUGCUCGACCUUACAGAAAAGGGGUAUUCAAUCAUAUGUGUCAGCGAGCGUUCAUCUUGCUCUAUUCAUCUUCUAUCGUGGUGCAUAAUUUGCAAAUGUCUGAUUCCCUGUCUUCUCUUCCUUUUGUGCCACGCAAUCUGCGUGCAUCUGAUUCCCUGUUUCGGGUUGUGAGAUAUUUACAAUCGAAGGCAAGCAUCUGUGCAGUUACACUUGGUCAGAUGCCAGUGUCAAUCUUGAAACAAAAGCACACUAGGAAGCGACAGUCCUUCAACUUGCUCUCUUUUUGACUGCUGUAUGGACUUAUCUUCUACAGUAUAUAGAAGUUCAUGCUCGAGGUGUGUGAAUCGAUGUUUUAGUGUGAGUUGUUUGUCGUUGUGCUGUGUCUGACCUCCCAGCUAUGCUGAUAUAGCCUAUAAAGGAUCAAAUGUACAGAAAGGGUCGUUCUCGUGCACAUGGGAUCGUGUCUUUAUCCGCUGUACAAACCAUUGAACGCAGGAGGAUCCGCCGUGAAUGUCCACACUGCACACAUGCACACGCUGUAGGCUCUGAUACCAGUGAAAUCAGACUUGGUCUCAAUAUCGCUUACAACAUGCAUACAUUCAUUUGCCUGUGAGGGUUGUGGAAGCGUUGCUAGAGCGACUUGUUCGGUGGAGGUCUGCAGGUGCCCGUAGCAGAAGUGGGCUGAGGAAGACGAUGGCGGCCAUAGCGGCCAAGCUGCUGCUGUCAACAGUGUACUGUGUGUGUGUGUGUGCUGUGUGGACAUUCAGGGUGGAUCCUCGUGCGUGCGUGUGUGAGGGAGGUUGAGGUUGAUGGUGUCGACAGUGUUCAGUGGGGACUGUGAGUGUUCGGCGGCCAUAGCCGCAGGUUAUAACAGUCGACUUGAGUUGAGUUUCUGUGUGGGCGCAUGUCGCCAGUGCAAGUUCAUUGCUGAUUCUGAGCUGAAGAAGUUGGUUUGCCAUCGGUUCAUGCAUGUAUGCAUGUUGUAAGCGAUAUUGAGACAAGUCUGAUUUCACCAUCAAUGGGCCAUCAGAAAAUCAGAACUGUGAACAACAGGGCUCUUGGAAUUCCAGCAGAUGCUGUGGCAUCUAAAAACUGCUACUACCUUCAAGCCUCUUUUUGCCGAGGUGGAACUAGAUGCCUCAAGCUUUUUGCUGAAGGUCCAGUGCAAUUUUUAUUAUUGGGUCUCGCUGCCAACCACAUUGGUUGGUAGUACAGGUCAUCCUGAAGGAUGUGGCUGAUGGCAAAUCAGUGUUUCGAGUUUUGCCUGUGAAAGGUAGUGGUGGUUUAAGUUAGAAAAUCAGAUGGGCGCUUUCUUUGCUGUGUGUGUGUCAUUCCAACUAAAGUGCUACCACACGCAAAUGUGUAUUGGUGCAAAACAAAAGUAUCAAGCAAUGGGCAUGUCGGAUGCCUACCUUGUCUAGGUGGUGCACAGUCGCCAGACAUCCUCAAUGAACUGGUAGCACUUUGCAUGAGUCCAUGGAAGCCAUUGCUUCCUCCAAAAAUCGUGGAGCACUGUUAUGUCGUAUGUUUAUGCAAGAGGAUCGUUUUUAUGUUAUGUCUGUUGUCUGGCUUCUCUGUUCUGUACAUCUAGCUCUGUCAUAUAUGUAACAGAAUCACUUUGUAUAACUGGUCACAUGGAGCAGGCUUGCCAUCUCAUCCCUUGAGGGGGGGGGGUUGAUGUUGUAAAAAUUGUAGUCCGCACUUCUCAAAUGCACUUUUUUCCAUCUAGCACCAAUGUGGUCGUGAUGUUAUCUAGCGAGGUAUAGUGGGCGGUAUGGAUUUUCUAGUAGUCAAUGAGUACCAGAAUUUCAUGACAAUUUGGGUGAUUGCGAGCUUUUUGCUGGCUUUCGAAGUCUGUCACCGUCGACUUGUCUUUUGAAUCAAUGAUUCGAAGAGAAGCAAGAAGUCGUGAAAAUGAGGUGUCUAUGUGUGCAUGGCACUGCAACUGUUUCUUUUCUACAUUCCUCUUUGUCAUGUUAAGCUUCAGCCCAGGUGGCUCAUCAUGAUCUAUGUUGAGGACUCUUUAUCUGUCCAACAGACAAGCGAAAAAGACUCUCUAUCUGUCCAACAGACCAGGGAUGUCAGCAAAAUAAUGUCACUGAUGCAUCUGGAAAGACAUGACCAAUCUGCUGGUGAUGGGAUAUUCUUUUCCAGUGAAUGCAAAUAAUCUUCAUGGGUCUUGAAUAGUAGAGGGCUUCUGGCUACUGUACCAAGAAGUUGAGGGUGACUAUGGUUCUUUUAUUUUGAGAACCAAUCAAAGGCUCAGUUUUAUGAUGCAGUAAUAUUCUCCGAGGUCUUCGCCGUCAUGUUAAGCACGCCUGAGUUUCUUUUGUUUAGUGAUGGCAUAUCAUCCAUAACAUUUUUUUUUUCUUCAAUGUCCACAUAUCACAGGAUGGGUUGAACAUUUGCAACUGUCUCCUCCCUCGUAUGUGCCCUUCGUGGAAUGCCUGCUGGCGCAUUGUGGGGCUGUGUGCCCUGCAAUGAGUGAGAGUAAUGUGCAGAUGAACGUACGUGCGUGGGAGGAUGAAGCAAUAGAGUGGAGCUUUUAAAAGCGACGCAUGCUUUCGAUGACAGGUGCACGUGGUGGAACGAAGUGUCGGUAUCCAGGACAUAAGCAUGAGCAUCGGCGGAAUGCAUUCUUGCAUGCUGGAUGUCUGUUUUGGUAUUGUCAUGUGCGCCUUUCCAGGGGACUACGCUUUGUGUAUGUGAUGGCAUGUGGGGCAUGGUGUGGUGUUUUUGGUGCGCGGGAGGCAGGGAGGACGUCCAAAGAGUGAGGAUUGACAAACGCCAUGUUCUUUUUCUUUUUCCUUUUUUUUUUUUUUGGAUGCAAGCCGAAAGUUGUUGCGAGAGGGAAAUCAGAUCUUUUGAUUUUGUUUCAGUGAGAAAUGGAAUCAACAGCGAUCACGAAAUUGACCUUGUGCUCUGUCAUUACCUGUGAACCCUUGCUAUCCAUCCUCGAGUUGCACUUGUGCGUAAAUUUAAUUCCAAUAGCACUCCAACAGUGCAAAUGUUGAAUGGGAGAUGUACCGAUGUUCCAAGUAUAUCCACCGGACGUGUAAGAAGUACUAAGAACGGUAUCGUAACCACCGGUACUUUUCACAGCCAUUUUUCUCAGAUGCAGGUGUGUGUGCACACACUGCAACUUUCGGGGCAUGACCUACCAGAGCUAAAUGGCUGGCGGUCGCAGUGUACAAAGAAAAUGUGAGGGGUCAUUUCUUAAUUUGGCAUGGGAUGGGGAAUCUGUUUCAGCACAAGGAAGCCUCGAAGUACUCUUGUGGUUUCGUGGUCUCAACCACCAGUACACGUCAGCCGAAAAUUCAGGAGUCUCAAUCAGUGGGACUCGACUUGGCUGGGGCCAUGUACUGGAACGUGAAACCACCAGUACAUGGCCCUGGCCCUGCUGAAAAGAGAAGUCGUAGCCUAUUAGGAGUUGGCAGGCUCGCCUCCGAAAAUUUAGGAGAGUCUCAACCGAUGGUGCUCAACUUGGCUGGGGCCAUGUACAGGAAUGUGAAACCGCCAGCACAUGGCCCCAGCCGUGCUGAAAAGGAACGUCGCGAUCUACAGUGAAUUGGUAGGCUCGGUCUACCGGACUGGAGGGCUGGUCUGAUUGUACUGUGGUUACAUUCGUCCUGUAAAGUCCUUUUCGAGUAUGCCGUAUUUGGCGUGAAAGCCAUUGUGAAACGUCAUUCCAUAAGAAAGUUCUUGUGCAAUAUAUGAAGUGUUCUGCGUAAGUGCACCCCGCUUUGGGAUGGCCGGUGUCACGUGGCUACGAAGGGCGUUUUGUGUUAUGGCGUGCUGAGUGCUGUGUCAAAUCGUGUAAAGCAUUCUGGGAACUUACAAAUGUUCUUGCAGGGGUUAGUGUGUAGGACGAUACAUCGGUACGAUUGUGCAAUCUAUGAGAGGGACUGGUACGCGAUUCGAGGGUGCAAACUGUGCGAUGGAGUUCCCGGAGGGCUCAUGGCAGGUCGUGAAUGCAAUCGUCGUGCGCACGAGUUUGCUCCGUUUCGAUUAUCAGGUUUGUGUUCUAUUUGCAGUAUUUGGACGGGUAGCAAAGUUGGUUAUCUCGUUCCGGAUUCUUUGGGGGGAAUAGUCGUUCCGUUGACAGUCUGCAUAUGACAAAGGAAAGCCUGUUCUGUGGGAAAGCGAACUCGAGCCUGUUAGCUGAUGCUGUAGCUUAAUGGCAAACAGGGUAGUUUCCGAAUGACAAAGCGAAGCCUGUUCUCUCAUGGUUGCAUGUUGUGCUGGCUAUAUUGCCUGGUUCUCUUCCUAACAGCUUGUUCGUCUUCACGUCUAAUUAGCUCCACGACCCAGUGGGAAGCCGGUUACGGUGACUCUGCAGUUCUUUUGGAAGUUACAGGUUUGAGGAGCUCAUGCUUACCGAGAAGGACUCUGUUUUUGGCUCUAUGGAGAAGGUGAGUAGCGAGGUUCGCAUCUUUUGGUUCUUGCAAGAAGGGAGGCCAUUUAUAUGGAGGGAAGAAGUGGGAGUCAAGGUCAGCUAGUAGGGGUUGCUGGGCACAUCUUUCUUGGAAGACGUGCACUGAUUUGAAUUGUGCAUGUUAUGGGAUCAACUUUGUUCUCUAUGCACUUUUGUAUGAGUUCUAGGAAGGUGCAGGUGAAAUUGAUUUGUAGAAAAUGAUUUCGUUGACAGUCAUCUUCGUUGGGUUAAAAAAGGGAUCUGGCUAAUCAGUUUAUAGGAUCCAAGUGUCCUGACGUCAGUGAGAUGCUAUCUCGGUUUAGAGGCCCAGCGACACUCGGUGCUUAUUGAGAGAAGAGGUGGCAAUUGAAUUAUCGAGAGGGUACUUGUGAAAUUCGGUCUGUGAAGAUUUGGAGGUCAAUGCGGAGAAUGGAGGCCCAGCGACAGAAUUGCCGGAGCUUGGUUGCGGAAGUCGGCGUUUUUCCGCCGAGGAGAGACGUGCGGCAGCGGAGUUUGUCUUUGGAACAGGAUGCUGUGAAAUCAAACUGCUGGUUGGUGCUCAGAGCAAGAAAAAAGGUUGGUUGGUACAAGGUUAUGUGAGGGCAUUCCAUAGCUGCGAGGAUUCCAGAAAACUCCGGUGGCUGAGAUAUUGAUGUUAAAGGGAUGCGCUUGAGUCGGUGCUUCAGAUGAUGAUGCAUUUUGGGAUGAAGGCGAAUAACAGGGUGAAGGUGACUACUGCUUAUUAACAAGUACAGCACGAUGGCUGCUGGCAAAGUGACAGCUGAUAUGAGCCCCGGACCGGGCUUGUGACUCUCUCUGCCGCAGGAUGUCAUCAACUUCCAGGCUCUCUCCAACUGUUGGCUUUUCCAGCGUCAGAUGUAUGCCAACAGUAAAUCCACAUCUCCCUGAACCGCAUGGCUCUCUCCAUUUAUACAAGCUCCCUGCAUUCUUCUUCCACGUUCUCUAGUUUGGUGUGCACCUGUGAACGGACGGGGUUGGGUAGAAGUGCUGGUAUGUAUGGCAUUGUCUCGGGACUCUUGGCCACUCCUGUGCCUGGCCGUUUACCCUGGUUGGAGUUCUGAUCGUGUACUCUGUCUGGAUGUCAUCCAUCCGUGCAGCAAUGACUCUGCUAUGGUGCUGGUAUGCGCUCUUGGGAUGAGAGGGGCGAGGUGCGGAAGUCGUAUGGAUUGGUUCAUGCAAUGGAAGUGCAAUCGUGUCAUUCUGUGGUGAAGAGGACUCGCUGAUAAGUGGAGGGAGGGAUAGUAUGGCGUGAUUGCGGAUCUGCCUGUGUCAGAAUAACAUGCGAACUGCAUGCAAAAUCGAGGAAAAGCUCAUCAGCUAUUGAUGUGGGCGGAGAGGCAAAAUAAAUUCAGUCACAGGUCGAUCAUAAACGUCGAGUGUGAAAAUCUCUACUCUGUGUUAUUUUGCUGGGGAAAAUCAAGAAAGCGGUUGGCUUUUUGCGGGAUGGUUGCAACGUGCGGCAAACAAGAACUUCAGGGCGCUCACGCUCACUCGGAACAUGUCCGUGUUUUGCUGAAGAGGUGUGAUCAGAUCGGUAUUCUGUCUCGAAAACCCGUUCCCAGACGGAGGGUAGAGUUGGCCAUACUGGAUAUUGAGAGUAUAUAUAUUUUCAAGUGCAUUUUAUGAUGCAUUGGACGCGAUCACUUUGGCCUUGUGAAGAGUUGGAGGUAUUUAUCGUGUAUCUGUUCCAACGCUUCCUAGACUCGAGUGGUGUGUAUAUUCAGUUAAGUCCAAGCUUGGAAAUACAGUAUUUGUUGGAGGAAAAAUCUAUCUAUUCCAGGAACAAGCUGAGUCUUUCUGACAUUUGAAGCUGAUAAUUUAUGGUCAAUGGCUUUUCAGCCAUUUGGUUGGUUAACCUGCCUCUUUUGUUUUUUAACUCUGGUUAGGAAUAUGACUGUGUAUUUUUCUUUCCCUUACGAGUCUUCUGACGGCUCUGUUAUGGUUGAUGGCUUUUCCUCGAGGACUCGUGUUGGCAACACUGUUGAAUGUGUGGACUCCUUGGCAAUUGGUGCUUUGGAUGUGAGGGGUGUUUAGGUUCUGUCACAAGCUAUUUCCUUUUGUUUUUUUCUUGUUCAGCAAAGGGUUCUUCUUUCUGCCUUGUUGUUGGCUCUGUGGGCCAGGAAUUAUCGUAUCGACCGUCUUCACAAAUGCAUCUCUCGGAACAUGAAUGCUCCUCGUUCUCAGUCAAUAACCGUU